CCCUCUCUGUCUCUUUUUUUUUUUUCCUCUCUCCUGUUUCCGCCAAUCAGAAGCUUUCCUACUACCCUCGUCCCCUCUUUUACUGCCCGAUUUGGCUCUUUUCCUUUCCCUUUUCCUCUCUCCCUCUCCACGACUACAAAUUCACACACCCACACUAAAGUUGCCAGUCUCUCACUCGCUUGCAACACCCUCGCUGUUUUCUUUUUCUUCCCUUGCUCCCACCAUUCAACCGCCCCCGUCCACGCCGCCCCAUCACUGUUUUUUUUUUCCUCCCUUCCCUCUGUUUCCUUCCCCUCUCUCACCUUUUUACCUCACCUCUCUCUCUCCUCCCCCUCCGUCUUCCUUCCCAUCGUCACUUUUUUCCUUACAACACCACCCCCCUACUCUCGGUUUCCUUCCAUUUUUUUCCUCUCGGCCCGCUUGGACUGGAUUAAACUCGUCGUUUGUUUUCCUCUCUCUGGUCCUCAAUCUUUCGGUUCCUUCAUCUCUAUCAUUCUCACUAUCACCUUCCUUCCUUUCAUCUCUUUGUCUUUUAAAGAGGUGGUCCUGGUUUGUCUGUGUGUUAAGUCUCUCUCGUGUUCCCUUCCUCGGUUCAGGCGACCUGUUCUUCAAUUGUCUCCAAAUUCCUCUCCUAUCAUCAAUCUCUCUAUCUUACUCGUCUCUCCAUCUACUGCUCGCGAGCUCGCUUCGCACGCGUGUAUCUCUCAGCUUCAGUCGUACACCUCUUCGCCGUUUUCUCUUUCUUCGUCGUGGUUUUUCGGGGGUUCCUUUCUGGCUUUCCUCGGUUUACUUUGUCGCCCAAAAGAAAAAAAAUCAAAACUCAAAAUCCAAAGGUCAAAAUAAACUUUUUGAUUUCCUCAUUUCCCGUUCAACGCGUUUGAGAAGAGCAAAAGAAAGGAAGAAGAUUUGUGGGAUCCCGUUGCCACUUGAAAUCAGUCAAGAUUCAUUUCUCCAACAUGUCCGCUGAUAAUCAGAACGCCCCGCCCGCUGGAUCGUCCUCGAUCCCCCCACCGGCUCCCUCGGCUUCUGCCCCUGGCCAGAACCAGGGACAAUCGAGCCACAUGCCGCCUCCGCCACUUCCUCCCGUUAUCAUCCCCCAGAACACUAACCCUAUUCCGACGGCUAUCACUUCGCCUAUGUCGGUUUCCGGUGUGACCUCUCCCACUUCUGCGGGAGGUUUUGUUCGUCGUGCGGCCCCUGAGCCGAAUAAGCGGGCUCUUUAUGUUGGUGGCUUGGAUCCUAGGGUUACGGAGGAGAUCCUCAAGCAAAUCUUCGAGACCACUGGUCACGUCCAGAACGUCAAGAUCAUCCCUGAUAAAAAUGUUCGCAUACCCUUCACCCCUCCCCAUUGCCUCGCUUCCCCUCCCAAACGUUGUGUCAUUUGAUUUUUCCCCCACCACCCCGCCCCCCCUUUUUUCUUUUCUUUUACAAAGUGCACUUUCUGAUCCUGGUGAACCAGAGCAAGGGGUAUAAUUAUGGUUUCAUUGAAUAUGAUGACCCUGGCGCGGCCGAACGUGCCAUGCAAACCCUGAAUGGAAGAAGAAUUCAUCAGGCUGUAAGAGACCAGUGCCUAUUGCACCUUAACAUUGGAGAUCUGACCGUUCCCCCCGACUAUCAGGAAAUUAGGGUUAAUUGGGCUUAUCAGUCUAAUCAAUCUAGCAAGGAGGACACCACUAAUCACUUUCAUAUUUUCGUUGGUGACUUGUCCAAUGAGGUGAACGAUGAGGUUUUGAUGCAGGCAUUUUCUGCUUUCGGGUCGGUUUCGGAGGCUCGUGUCAUGUGGGAUAUGAAGACUGGUCGUUCCAGGGGUUAUGGGUUUGUCGCGUUUCGCGAUCGUGCGGAUGCUGAGAAGGCUCUUAGUAGCAUGGAUGGGGAAUGGCUUGGGUCUCGGGCAAUUCGCUGUAACUGGGCGAAUCAGAAGGGCCAACCGUCAAUUUCCCAGCAGGCUGCUAUGGCCGCUAUGGGGAUGACACCGACUACCCCCUAUGGACAUCACAACUUCCCUACUCAUGGCGUCCAGAGCUAUGACAUGAUUGUCCAACAGACCCCACAAUGGCAGACAACAUGCUACGUUGGAAAUUUAACCCCGUAUACCACUCAGAACGACUUGGUUCCUUUGUUUCAGAAUUUCGGUUACGUUGUUGAGACCCGUUUCCAGGCUGAUCGGGGGUUUGCGUUUGUCAAGAUGGACACUCAUGAGAAUGCGGCUAUGGCGAUUUGUCAACUUUCGGGUUACAACGUGAAUGGGAGACCGUUGAAGUGUAGCGUAUGUAUAUUUUGCUCUUGGAGUCUUUUGUCUUGGUGUCAUGCUCACAGUAUUUUAUAGUGGGGCAAAGAUCGUCCGCCAACCGGGCAGUUCGAUGCUUACUCUCCCCAACAGCCCAACACUCCCCAAUAUCCGCCUCAGACACCAUCUGCCUACUUCCCGCAGUACGGCGGUCCGAUGACACCUCAGGGGCCGCCUAAUUCUGCUGGAGGGCCUAAUGCUCUCCAAGGGCAUGGUCCCCAAUCUCCAGCCGGGCCAUCGCCGCCUGGAAGAUGGCAGGAUCAGUCUCAGGGCUUUGGAGGACCGCAGAACCAGACUGGUUAUGGCCAGAUGCCUCAGAGCGCGGGUGGAUACGGUCGUGGCAAUGGCACCGGAACUCCUGGUGGAUGGGGUGGAAACUCUGCCGGUGGAUUCGGGAGCAAUGGGUUUGGAGCAUACCAACAGUAGUUCUUUCGGCCGUGUCAUGUUGAAUACUGCGAGUCACGGGUGCCCACUUGUCAACAGUUUCAGCGGUUUUUGUGGGAGUGUUAUAGCUAUACACUUUGCUUGAUCUUAAGUAAAUGUAUGGGGGACAGGAGAGUUUUAAUUUCCUUUUUGUUGGACAUGAUUGAUGUGUUUGAAAGCUUUUCACGAUGGCGGAUGGGGAAUGUGUUGCGGUGGAUAUUUGGGUCAUUUUCAUGUUCUUUUACCCUUUGAAGAAGUUAGUUUUUGUCGGAUUAACAGUUACUGGUUUUCCUUCUGUCAUCAUUUUAACGAUUUUCUUCUACUUUUUCCUUGUGGUCAUGGAAUUGGGUUUCCCGGAUUUUCACGUGCUCAUGUUCUUUUUGUUCUGUGUUUGCUCUUGACAUUUUUCGCUUCUAAUUGAUUGAAGAAAAGCCUUUUCUAACCUCUCAUCUAUUUUUUACCAAAAGGGUUUUAUUAUUGCUUCUUUUUCUUUCCUCUUCUCCUGAACGAAUGAUUUCCCUUCCAGUCCAGAAAGCUAUUUCUCGUUCUCUUGCCAGGGGUUUUAUGUUUUUUGCUUCCUCUCGUUAUUUCUUACGGGCCUUGGGAUCUUUUUUUCCCUUUUUAACUCUUGAUCUCAUCUCUGUCCUGUUCCCUUCUAUCAACCACAUUUCUAACAAAAACGGGCUUCUUUUGAUCUACCUUGUAAUCAUUCAUCGUUCAUCACUCAUCCUUCGGGCAUAUCAUUACUAUUUUUUCUACGUGAAGCGUUUAUCAUAUUCCGCUACCUUUCUUUCUUUCGGGUCCUCUUACUUAUUUAUAUUGCUUGGGGUUUUUUGCUCAAUUCCAUUCGGCAUUCGUUGUUUUCGCUCACCUGGGGGAUUUUUCAUUUUUUGCAUAUAUGGUAGUGUCCGAAUUUGGGUAGAUGGGCACGGCACAUACAGUGCGCCCUUGGGGGGGCAACGAUGGUAUAAACUCACCUGGUUCAUCUAUCCCAUUCAUUUAUUAAAUUUUGUUACCGGAUUUGUACUGUAUUAUACCUAUAUACCUCCCUCUACACCGUCUUGAUUGUACUUUUGGGUUUCUAGCUUGUCUCCCCUGUGUUCGGUUUACCUUUUCUCAUUCCUUCCUUUCCCGCAUACGCGGUGUUUCACUCCCUCCUGCUCCGGCUACCCUCUUCGAUACUUCAUUUAUUUCUUCGGUUCCAGCCAACGUGGACAGGAGCUAUGGUGUGUCCGGUGUAGGAUAUUCGCGUUUGCUGACUUUGUUUUGGCUUGGUUGUUGCUGCACGAGUGUUUAUGUUCGCUGGUGUAUUGUAUUGUAUAAUAGUCCAGUAUCAUAGUAGACGGUGUUACACCUUCGG